AUGGCCUCAUCAUCGUCUCAGGUGGACGGCGGAGUCAAGCUCGAGGAGCAAAAGCAGCUGCAGCAGGAGCAAACAGAGCAGCCGCCGAGCCCACGUUUGGCGAAGCGCGGCACCAAGAGAAUCAGGACACAAUCGCUUCCGCCUCCUGAUCUGCCCAAGCUUGUCGCAGAACAAGCGCAACCCAUUCCCCAUAGCGACAAGGACACGCAGCGCCUCAUCGUCGUCCUCUCCAAUGCCAGUCUUGAGACCUACAAGGCCUCCCAUGGCGGGCGCGGCGGUGUCGGAAAGGAGGACAAGUACUCGCUUCUCAACAGCGACGAGCAUAUUGGUAUCAUGAGGAAGAUGGGCCGCGACAUCAGUGAUGCGCGUCCAGACAUCACCCACCAGUGCCUGCUUACCCUUCUCGACUCGCCGAUCAACAAGGCUGGAAGGCUCCAGAUCUACAUCCACACAGCCAAGGGUGUCCUCAUCGAAGUCAGCCCUAGCGUGCGCAUCCCUCGUACCUUCAAGCGUUUCGCCGGUCUGAUGGUGCAACUGUUGCACCGUCUGUCCAUCCGGUCCACCACGUCGCAGGAGAAGCUCCUCAAGGUCAUCAAGAACCCCAUCACCGAUCAUCUUCCUCCGAACUGCCGCAAGGUCACGCUUAGUUUCGACGCCCCGGUCGUCAAGGUGCGCGAGUACAUCGAGGACCUGGACCCCAACCAGAGCGUCUGCGUUUUCAUCGGCGCCAUGGCCAAGGGCAAGGAUGACUUCGCCGAUGAGUUCAAGGACGACUCCAUCUCCAUCAGCAACUACAGUCUCAGUGCCAGUGUAGCAUGCUCCAAAUUCUGCCACGGUGCCGAGGAGGUCUGGAACAUCAUCUAA